CUCUCUCUCUCUCUCUCUCAUGGGAACCCCAACUUCUUCUUCUUCUUCUUGGAAUAUUGGCUUUGCACUGCUAGUGCUCUCUCUAUUGUACCAAGCAGUGCAUGGGGGGGAGCGGUGCAACUUUUACAAAGGGAAUUGGAUAUCUGAUGAAUCAUAUCCUCUCUAUAAUACAUCAAGCUGUCCAUUCAUAGAGAAGCAGUUCGAUUGCCAAAACAAUGGCCGCCCAGACAAACAAUAUCUCAAAUAUCGAUGGCAACCCACUGCCUGCAACUUACCAAGAUUCGAUGGUGGAGAUAUGUUGUCAAGGCUUAGUGGGAAGAGCAUAAUGUUUGUGGGGGACUCGUUGAGUUUGAACCAAUGGCAAUCACUCAAUUGCAUGCUUCAUACAGGUGCACCACAGGCUAAUUACACCUUAAGGAGGACUGGGGAGCUCUCCACAUUCACAUUUCCGGAGUACGAUGUUAAAGUGUUGUUCUACCGGCAUGCAUUUCUUGUUGAUAUUAUAAGCAGGUCUGGUAUGGGGCGGGUUCUUAAGCUUGACUCAAUUGAGGGCGCAAAAGUAUGGAGUGGAUCAGACGUAUUGAUCUUCAAUUCAUGGCAUUGGUGGACUCAUACAGGAAGAAAACAACCAUGGGAUUAUAUUGAAGAAGGGAGUAAGACGUACAAAGACAUGGAUCGCUUGGUUGCAUUCGAGAAAGGGUUGAACACAUGGGCUCAAUGGGUUGACUCUAAUGUCGACCCUACAAAGACCAAGGUCUUUUUUCAAGGGGUUUCCCCAGAUCAUUCCAAUUCAAGUAUUUGGGGAGAAGCAAAUGGAAAUCGGUGCGAGGGAGAAACAGAGCCAGUGGGUGGCCCUACUUAUCCAGGAGGUGCAGAUCCCGCAGAGGCGGUGGUAGAGAAAGUGAUAGGGAAGAUGCGGAAGGCGGUCCACUUGCUUAAUAUUACAACCCUAUCCCAGCUACGGAAAGAUGGGCAUCCAUCAUUCUACCAUGGACACGGCCACGCCGUCAUGGAUUGCAGCCAUUGGUGCCUAGCCGGUGUACCUGAUACUUGGAAUCAACUCUUAUAUGCCGCUCUCCUUUACAACUAGCUUGCUUGCUUGCUUCCAUCACGCUUUAAUCAUUUUCAUUAUUUUUCCAACCAAUAAUGUUCUUUUUUUUAUUAUUAAAAUUAUAUAUUACCGCAAAUAAAUCAAUAGAAAAUGGACUCAUUAUAUAUGGUGCUUAAUUAGAACAAGCACCAAAUCGAUUAUAUGCAUGAGAAACAAUAUGCUUCUCUCUCCC